AUGCCAAACUUUAUGCUAUGCUUGAGUCAUUUCUGUGAGCUACAUGGACCACAGAUUAUUGUUUGUACACAGGUGACAACGGACGAUAAAAAGCAGGAUUUCAUCCACACUUCAACAUCAAAUCAGGGUGUUUGUGCAUCUUGCCAGUUGAUACUACCCGAACACGCAGCCAACCUCGUUACAAACUCAGACUCGAAAACAUUCAUCUCAACAGCUUACCCAAGCUCGCAAAAACGGUAUGCGGCAUUAAAGAAACUAAUGAUGAAAUCCUUAUCAGUGGAGACUGUAUCCGAUAUCGUCAAGCCAAUGUUUUUCGGUGAUGCCAUUUAUGGCUACUGUUUGAACAAAAUUUUCAAAAUAUACGACAUCAAUGCAAGAGGACAAGAGAGGAAAUAUAGCCUAAUGAUGGUUUCCGACUCUGAAUCUGACUUGUUGCAAAACUGGGACAUUUUGACAUUGUACAUGACUGAAUUCAUCGAUUUGAUACAGCAAAGAGUGUCACAAGCCAAUGCCAAGUUGCAUAAACUGAGCGGUGGUUCAAUGGUUGAUAAUGAACGAUACUUACGAAGAUCAAUGACUCGACCAAAGUCGUUGAUUGAGCUUACGGAUGACAAUCAAAUAUUUGUAAAGUUUCAUCUUUGGGCAGUUGAAACAUUGAAGGAUACACUAAGGUGA